ACAGCUUGGCAGUUCGCGGUGAAAGGUGCUCGAGAUAGGACGUGUAUGUUUCUUUGAGGAUAGUUUUCUCUACUCUUCUCAAACGUUAUGGAAGCCUUACGUCAUACAAUGAUCACUUCUAGUGGUUCCCAGUAUCUACAUCCAGAAUAUAUUCAACCUUUACCAACGACGGUAAGUUGGCGUGUUUACAGUUUGGAACAUUUACCGGUUUGCGUGUUUGUUCUCCAUUAGUUUUCAUCUGGGUGUUUUGUUUGUCGAAUUUAAGAAUUUGUCGUUUUGGCCUUUCUCUUAGAAGGUGACUGCUUAGAAUUGAUCGAAUAAAGGAAACACUUUCUUUAUCCGCCAAAUUUUUCUAUUUUUGUGCUAUAGAUAUUAAUAAUCGUCGUUAACUUCUUCACCAUUAUGUGGGAGUACUUUUUUGUUAACUGACAAACAAAAUACCUUUACUGUUCGCGUCUAGAAUACUAUGACGCACUCGGCGUAAGUUUCGAGUGGCUCUGUAAGCCUAUAAUACGUUUAGUGUCGAAACGAAUUAGCAUAAACGAAUGUUGGGCGCACGUAUUCCGAGCGUAAAGAGACGGAUUAAAACUGAGCUGACGUAUGUAAAGGAGGGGGCUGUUAAAGCUGUAAACUGUCAUAAAUCUGGAUGCCAAGAAAAGUCCUUUGGCUUUACUAGCUCAAACAUGUAGUGCGAUUGGAAAAGAUACAGCGCCUACGAAAUCGAUAAUACCACCGAUUCAGAAAGAAGAUAAAACAAAAAAGGAUUCGAUGUCAACUCGAUCAAAAUCACCGAAAGAGAACGACAGGAAAAUGACGCCGUCUCCAGGCGCAAGGAGCAAUAAAGACAAAUCGGUGUCACCUAAACAAGAUAAAUUGGAGAAAGUAAGAGAAUCGAAGGAAAACGGUUCAGUAUCGCCUCCAAAUUCAAUUGGUUCGAGACCUCCGUCUAGAAGAUCGACAACAUCGUCUCCAAAAAACCCUGAACCUUUGAAAGUUCCAGUAUCGGAAGAGACAAAAUUUCCGACAGCAACUCCUACUGUGCCAGGAGGUCCACUUCCGCCCUUUUAUCCUUCGGGAUUUCCUCUUCUCCCACACCACUCUCUACAAGCUCUCCAUAGUUCGGCUUUAGCUUCACACACUCUCUCUUCCCACAAGGGAUCACCAGUAUCUCCUUUUAUGUCAUACACAAGAGUCAAGACUCCAGGAGGUGCCUCCUCUUUAGUUCCCGUUUGUCGAGACCCAUUCUGUACCAAUUGUCAGAUAAUGAUGCAACACGCUCAAUUGGGUGGAACUUGUCCAGCCGGAUGUACGCAGUGUUCAUCAGAUAAACUUCAUUCAUUGGCCACUCUUGGGCUUCAUUCUAUCCCACCGUCCCUUCUACAGCUGCCGUCGUCUCCCUACGUUUGUAAUUGGGUUUCAGGUAGUGAUUAUUGCGGCAAACGCUUCUCCAGCAGCGAAGAACUCUUUCAACACCUUAGGACUCAUACAGGGCCUUCAUCUGCGGCAACAGCGGCUACUGGCUCGACAGUUAGUCCAGCAGAUCUUGCUGCACUCUAUGGUGCCUUUCCUCCAGUUAUUCCUCCUUCUCUUGCGCCAUCUCUUAGCCCUUCCGCGCUCAGGAACUAUCCUACAAGCUUAAGUCCUAACUCGGCAAUGCGCUACCAUCCUUAUAAGCCGUCUUCAACAUCAACGCCUACAACACCAUCUAUAUCACCGUUAUCUGCAGCAGCUUAUUGUUCUCCCUAUUCCGUUUUGUACCCUCGUCUUGGAGCUGCAGCUGUUCCCUAGGACUAGGAGAAGAUUUUUGUGUAUAUACAUAUAUACAUACACAGACAAACUGUAUACAUAUAUAUAUAUUUAUAUAUAUAUACUGUGCUUACAUGAAUCUUGUAUUUACAGUAUAGGACAUUAAUUUUCUUUCUGUUUUUUGUUUUCUUCGGACUGGUUUGGUGCAAGAUUUCUCCUUUUUAAUUUAUGCGUCAUAUUCUUUAGACUGAAUACGAUCUAGUAAUAAAGGAAUAAUGAGACUUUGGUAAAUAUAAAAUAGCGUAUCACUUCCGAUAGGAUAUCGGGCGGCAAACAAUAGCCAGCUCAUGAAAAAUGCUCAUGACAAUCCCAAUGCAUCAUCUACUUUCUAAUCGUACAGAGAAAGAGAUUAUAAUACAGACAACUCCACGCAAGAGAAAUGCCGCGAAAAGGCUUCGCCUCGUAAAUCAAAGUUUUAGUACAACAAAAAUAUAGGCUGACAGAAAAUAAAACGAGAAGUAACUAAACGAACAACCUAUCCCCUUCCUUUCACAUCUAAGACAUGAAAGCUACGGCCUUUUUCAUUCUUUCUCUUCUCUUUCGCUCUAUCACUUUAUUUUUAAAUAUAAAGCUCGGCUCCGGCAUAAAACGUCUCGGCCAAUAUAUAUCAAUGAGUGUUUGCGCGAAUUGCGAAUUUGUAUAAUGAAUGAUCGCGUUCACGUGACGGGAAUAUUUUAGUGAGCACCGGAAAGUUUAGAAAGAGAGCGAGAGAGAGAUAGAGAGAGCGAGAGAGAGAUAGAGAGAGCGAGAGAGAGUUAGGGAAGCGAAGAGAAAGAAAUAUUAUCAGUUUAACAGAAAGCGAAAGAGAGAAGACAUAUAUAUGUGUAAAAGAGAGUAAGAGAGGAAAGAAUAAUGAUUAUAAGAAUAUUUU